AUGUCGCCACGAUCAGAGUCAGUGACUGAAGAUACGACUGAUCAUGUCGAGGCACCCCCCUCGAAGAAAGCCAGGGUCAAGAAGCCAGGGAUUUCCAAAGAUGACACCAAGGCUAUUCGUGAGAGACAAGAAGCCGCCAUUGCUCAAAUUCUUCCCGACACCAAGAACCAUCCUGUCCUGUAUAGAGGUGUCGUUCAGCAGAUCGAGCGAAACAAUCUUCGAAAUGGUUGGGUAAAAACUCAGCUCAAUAGUACCUUCCAGCAUUGGAACAAAGUCUCUCCCUCGACUGCUCGACCUGACUUGGAGUGGUUACUUGCUGCACUGGCAGUUCAUGCAUCCUUCGAGCCAUUGAAUCUCAAGUUCGUGGAUGAGGUUAAAAAGCGCGGCCUUAAGGAAUGGGCGGGGAAACAGCUGAAGAAAAAGGAUCCCCUUUCUUCAUCUCCUGUUCCGGCUGAACCAAAGACGCCCCAGCAAGCGCCUCAGAUUAAGACUGAGCCUGGAAUUGACUCUCGCAGACUGCAGACAACUCCUGGGGGAGCAAGACCUGGGCAGGGGAACAGCAACGUUCUUCCAUCGAUCGAAACUGGUACCGGCGGUACCCUGAAACGAACUGCUCCCGUACACCCAGCCCAACCUGCGAACAAACGAGCAAGUGUGUUCACAAACCAGGCGUUUUUUCCUGCUGGAGUAAGCAGCUACGCAGGAUCACCAGUCGCGCCUCAAAGAAUCGUCCUUCGAGACACAGGGACGCAGACAGAAGACAAUUUCUCUUUGGGGAAUGUCGUUGGGCCGAUGCUCAAAGCAACCGAAGCCAUGACUGGGAGUAAGGAAAAGCUUGAUGAGCACACUCUUGCGCUGAAGGAGCACAACCGGGUCUUGGAGGAACACAACAGGCUACUCUCUCAACUUCUGGCAAGGGUUCCAGGUGCCCAGAUGCGACCUGUUAACAGCAUGUCCCAUCACCAAUUCCAGCCUCAAGCUCAGGAGAUGGUUCCGCUGCAGCAAGUCAAUCAUCAGCCGCGCACCUACUUCUACCACCCUGGGCGAGAGUCUGGCAACAGUGGACAGAUCUUUAGAUUCGAUUAA